UGUUCCCCUCUCAAGAAAGAGGUUCGUUCCUCUCGGUACGUCAUUGUCGGGCUGCGAUACCUUCAUUGCAUUCUCCAAUUGACACCAUGUCUCGCUAGAAAACAACCCCGAGGUCAUGACCUCGCUGGUUCACAAUCUAGGUCUCUCCAAGAAAUUAUCGUUCCAUGAUGUCUGGAGCAUCGACGACCCAGACCUGCUUGCCUUUGUCCCGCGCCCGGCCUACGCUUUGCUUCUGAUAUUCCCAGUCAGCGAGACUUAUGAGAAGUUCCGCGUUCAGGAAGACACAGACCGCCCAGAGUACCAGGGUCAUGGACCCGACGAACAGGUCAUCUGGUACAAGCAAACCAUCGGCAACGCUUGCGGUCUUAUCGGUCUCCUGCACGGCGUUUCCAACGGUGCCGCCCGCGCCCACAUCCAGCCCGACUCAGGUCUGUCUAAAUUGCUUCACGAUGCCAUUCCUUUGAAGCCUGCCGAGCGAGCCGAUCUGUUGUAUGAAUCCCAAGCCCUGGAAACUGCACACCAAAGCGCGGCUGCUGGAGGCGAUACUGCCGCUCCACCCGCCGACGACACGGUCGAUCUACACUAUGUUUGCUUCGUCAAGUCUGAGAGCAACCACUUGUGGGAGAUGGACGGCCGCCGUAAAGGCCCGCUCGACCGCGGUCAACUCUCUGCUGACGAAGAUGUUCUCAGCGACAAAGCUCUGGACUUGGGUGUGAGGAGCUUCUUGAAGCGUGAGGCCGAAGCGGGUGGAGGCGAUCUUCGAUUCUCUCUCAUCGUGCUCGCAGAGAGCCUUGACUGAGC